UUGUAUAAUAUUUAAAAAAUAAAAAAAUCUUUUUUCUCUAAAUCAUAUAUGUUUUUACUCCCGCCCAUAAAAGGGGCGGGACCACCUUGAGAUUCACCUAUCUAAAUACACCCACCCCAUUAAUACUAGCGGUAUUAGCGCCCCCGGUAUCACACCACAAGACAGUCGUGAGUCUUCCGUCAAACGAGUCGCGUGUGCCUUAUUACUAACUUCUUUCGAGACAGUCGUGAACGUACAUAACAAAAAUGGCUAAUAAUCUGAUCGAUUGUACUACAUUUUUUGUUGAUAGCAAUAUUUUUAUAAAUAUAGGAUUAGAUCCUGAUUUUUUGUUAAAUUGCGUUAUAUGCGUCUCAAAUAAUUUGCAGUGUGUUAAAAUGAGUGUUGAAUUAUAUAAAUCUCUAAAUAUAGCUCUUAACAACAUAAAUUUUUUACUACCAUCUCAUUUACUGUUGGAGGAGUUUAAAUUGAUAUCAAUAGAAGAAUACAACGGUGACAACGUUCUCUCAAUAAAGUGUUUGCAACAGGAUCAAGAUGUGCAAUUAACUAAAGAGAAUGUUUUAAGGAUCUUGCAAUUAAGUGAUGCCAUUGAAGAAGUUAUUCAGAUGAAAAAUGUAUACACACGGUCUACUGCAUUAAAUCAGGCCAGUAAAAUUGCAAUGUAUCUUGGAAAGGAAAUGCCGUUACCCAAAGAUACAAAAAUAAACGAUGUUGAAGAUUAUUUGACCCGUAUCAAUGUCCAAGAAUUGAAAGAACAACUUCCGUUCGCUGGUCUUUGUUUAAUAGCAGAUUUGAAGAUUAAAGCAGUCAAACAAUUGGCAAGGGGUUGGUUAUCUUCUUCGAUCGAAACUAAGCCUGAAGUCAACAGGCUGACGACGAGGGCAUUCCUAGCACGUAAAAGGGCAAAAGCAACCCGCAGAUUAAGUUUUCAUCUAUAAUAUUUUAUUAUGUAAUUUUCAUAUUGUUGUCAAUAAUUUAUAAAACUUUAUAUUUACAAUAUUGU